AAAACGCAAGACGAUAACGAGGCAAAAGCAAGAGAAAGAGGGGGGGGUUGUGUUGUGAGCAGCGAUGGCGGCGAAACGCGGGAGCGAGUCGGACGGCGACGAGCUCGGCGGCGGCGGCGCCGCCGAGGGAACCAGCCCCAACGACGGGGGCGCGUCUCCGCCUCCCCUCGCCGCCGCGCCCGCCGUAUGCUUCAUCCGCUCCGCCGGAGACUUCGCCGGUGGCGCCUUCAUCGGAUCUAUCGUCGGAUAUGGACAAGGUUUGUUCACUAAGAAGGGAUUUAAGGGCUCAUUCAGCACCGCAGGGUCUUCUGCCAAGACUUUUGCAGUUCUCUCUGGCGUCCAGAGUCUGGUUGUGUGCUUGUUGAGAAGGCUGCGCGGCAAAGAUGACAUUGUUAAUGCUGGGAUAGCUGGUUGUUGCACUGGCCUUGCUUUGAGCUUUCCAGGAACACCACAAGCCUUGCUCCAAAGCUGUGCAACCUUUGCAGCAUUCUCAUGCAUCAUGGAGGGGCUCAACAAACAGCAGGCUGCAAUGGCACAGACACUUGGUGGGAGUGCUUUGACCGUUUCACACCAGAAUGGUGGCGUUCUCCCACCAUUCACUCUGCCACCACUUCUUGAUGCAUCAGAUGCUUUAUCUUCAUGCUGCCAGCCCUUAGUACUAAAGCCGAAGCACUAGACUCUUCAGCAUAGGGAGAAGGAGAUGCUCAAGAAAGCUAUAGCUUAGUGAAUUUUGUUUUGGGACAUGUCUCAUAUCUAGAUUUGCUUUCUGUAUGACGCCAGGUUUUUCUUGCUGCACUGUGGCAAGCGCUGGCUUAACUAGAUUUCAUUGGUUUGGCAGAUAAAAUUUAAGAAAAAUUCGUCUCUGUGGCACCUGUUCUGUAAUCUUUCCAUCUUGCUAUCCAUAUCUGGGAUGCUGAACGUUAUCAGUUAUCACUGAAAGCAAUGGUAUUCUUCAUAUUUAUCACUGGAAGCAA